AUGUCUGCCUCCGACUCGAUCCCGGCCACGCCGGAGGACUGGAAGGAUCUGUCGACACCUGCAUCUCCAGGCUCUGAAGAUUCGUCAGAACCCAGUACGCCGCUCGAGUCUCCCAGUCAUGAUAGCCCAAGCGAACCUCCCCGAAGAGUACCAUCUCUGCGCUCCGUCUCCGAUCCUCGCAACAUGAACCCGAACUCAACCGCGAUGGGUGUUUUAGGCAUGGCCAGACGGCCUGUACAAACAUCCUCGAGUUUUGCUGGAAGUAGUAGUGCCUCGGUGGAAAACAGUAUAAUGGCCAAAGCCCGAGCAUUACAUCGACAACGCAUGGAGAAGGGCAUGUCUCCCGCUGGAAACCCCGGUACACCCUCGGGGUCAUCGCCUACAGCCAGCAUCGCUAACGGAUUCCCUACCAACCUGGGAUUGCCGCCAAAUAUGCAACGACCGCAUGCACCACACGUCAAUUCAGCUCCUGCGAUAACGAAGCCCUCGCUGAGCGAGAGAAGGGCCAUGGGCGGCGGCAUGGGCAUGAAGCUGUCUGAUAUGAGUAGACCCAGCCCUGUCACCGCCUCUGGUAAGAAACGGGGGCCUCCUGGAAAGCUUUCUGAUAUUACAGGUGAUGCGCCAGGUAGUCAACGAUCCAACGGAGCAGGGAGUGGUCAGGGGUCCAAAAUGGAUGACUUCAAGAAAUAUAUCGACACAGAGAAGGGCUGGGUGACAUUUGAUGGCGCUGCCACAAUCACACGGACAGGCGUCAACUUUGCCAAUGGCCAAACCUUCAGCAUAUCUCUUGAUGAGGUUGAAGUCUUGACCGAGCUGGGUAAAGGAAACUACGGAACAGUCUACAAGGUCAAGCAUGCCAAGCGAAGAGUCCCUCGCUUCGGACAAGGCCUCUCAAGAAAGCCUCUCCCCGUCCAGUAUUCGCAGUCGGACCCUUCUCCCGUUAGAUCUGCAGAAGAUUCUGCCGAGGGCUUGUCAGAGACGACCGACGGUACAACGGGCACAGUGAUGGCGAUGAAAGAAAUGCGCCUGGAGCUUGACGACGCCAAAUUCACAACCAUUCUGAAGGAGCUCGUCAUCUUACACGAGUGUGUUUCUCCGUAUAUCAUCGAAUUUUACGGCGCCUUCUUCCAGGAGGGUGCUGUUUACAUGUGCAUUGAGUAUAUGGACGGCGGGUCCAUCGAUAAGCUGUAUAAUGGUGGAAUUCCGGAGAAUGUUCUUCGAAAAAUCACAUAUUCUACCGUGAUGGGACUCAAAUCACUGAAGGAGGAGCACAGCAUUAUCCAUCGCGACGUCAAACCAACAAACAUCUUGGUCAAUACACGAGGCCAGGUCAAGAUUUGCGAUUUUGGUGUCAGUGGUAAUCUGGUAGCCAGUAUAGCGCGAACCAACAUCGGCUGCCAGAGCUAUAUGGCCCCCGAGAGGAUCUCUGGUGGCGGAUUCGCACAAGCCGGUAACUCCGAUGGCUCAUACAGCGUUCAAAGCGAUGUCUGGAGUUUGGGCCUGACCAUCAUCGAGUGUGCUAAAGGCGCUUAUCCUUACCCACCGGAGGUCUCUUCUACUAUUUUCAGCCAACUGAGUGCUAUUGUUGAAGGUGAACCGCCUGCAAUGCCAGAGGACACUUACUCGGAAAUGGCUAAGGAUUUUGUGAAAAGCUGUCUUCACAAGAUUCCUAUGAAGCGGCCAACCUACGCCAUGCUAUUGAAACAUCCGUGGCUCGUCGAAUUUACAAAGCCUCAAACAAUUACGGAAGAAGCUGAGGAGGGUGACGGAGUUGAUACGGUCGCGGAAGCUGUUGGUAAAAUUAAUUUGAACUCAUCAACUGCAGAUGCUGAAGUGGCAGCUUGGGUCAAUGGCGUUCUACAACGAGAGAAAGAUGGCCUGAAGGAGGACGGGCUCUUGAAACCAGCACUACACAAUGCACCGCUUGAUAGCGUCAGUCCUAUGUCAAGCCCAAAGGAUGCAUAA